UCUUUUGCUGCAGUAGUGACUUAUAUAAUAAUGACAUGGAUAGCUUUAAGCUCUCUAUAUGCCGGAUAUGCCCAACCUACAUUACCUCUAAGCAAUAGUAUGUGUCCUUCAUCACGAAAUGUAACAGUGUCUGAAAGUAUUUUUAAUGUAUCCUCAUCAAUAUUACCACCACGAAAUACUGAAAAGGAUCACUUUGUACUGUACAAAAUGACAUUUAUGUGGUAUUCUUUUAUUGGAUUCCUUCUGAAUAUUUUACUCACAACUUUUGCUGUUUUAAUUACGGGUGGUUGGAAAAAGAAUGUAAUACCUGCCAAUUCCAAAUACUUAAGCCCAAUUACACGAUUCUGGAUGGACAAAAAUGAUUGCUCUAAUCUGGAAUUAAAAUAGAACUUUUCCCUAACACAAUGCAUACCUUUAAAGGAAAAGAUCCCGUUAUUAUGGUCAUCAGGACACUUCCAAUUCGAGUAAAAUUAAUAUUGAAAGUCUUUUAGUUGCUUUCUAAAGAAGAACUUUUUAAAUUAGAGCUUAGCACUCAUUAUUUUUUGUAUCUAUUUAUGUAAAAAUAUUUGAACAGAAAAAGUAAUUAAGCCACAUUCAGAGUGCUUAAAUUCGCGUUUGUUACUACAGUAAUUAAACAUGCAUACCUGAAGUAACAAGCAGUUAAAUAAUAAAAUAAGAUGGGUGAUUUUCCAAAAUUUCACGUUUUUAAAUCGCAUAUUCAUAAAAGCUUGAGUGUUUUGAAAAUUGUGAAGAAAUCAGCAUUUGUUUUUUACUACAGGCGUGUGGUAAUUUUUAUGUAUAUGACCUAAUGUUAAGCUCUAAAAAUUUUCUAUUAACAGUCUUCACAUUAUUACGUGCAUUAUUUGCACACAUUUGCAUUAUUACUUCACAUCAUAAUAUGCAUUAUUUAAAAAUAAGUAUUUUCAAGUAUAAUAAAACUGUUGGAGAAUGAUGGCAAUAUUUUUUACCCACCUCACUUUUGAGCUUCAAAACUAUUAGAACAUCGGGUGAAUCAUAUCUUCAAAGUUCUCAAUCAAUCUAAAGGAAAAGACUGUAAAUUCCAUAUUUUCCCCUAAAAUUAUGAAAAACUCCCUAGGCCAAGGGCAUAACAGCUAACCUUGGGACAAAUUUACAAUUGAUAAACCUUAAAGAGUUAAAUAAUUAUAACGGAUACAAGAAUUAUUAUUUUACACCUUCAAAUAUAAGUAUGCAAAUACUGCUUUAAUUAUUCAAAUGUAAGUGUAAAACUUUUAAAUAAAUUAAAUGAGUUUAAGAAAAGGUUUCAAACACGCCAGUAGAAUGAUUUUAUAGUCAUUUUAAAAAUUUUUAUGGAAAUGGUUCAUUUUACAUAUUAAGAAAUAUUUGUUAUGAAACUGCAUUAGAA